CGCCAUGCUGGCCGCCAGGCUCGCGUGUCUCCGGACGCUGCCGCCCAGGGCCUUCCGCCCGGGCCUGCCCACCAAGGCCGCCCCCGGGCUGCGGGGCCCCGGCGGGCCGGGCCCGUGGCCCUCCGCCCCCGGCCGGGAAUAUGCCACCAAAACAAGAAUUGGGAUCCGGCGUGGGAAAACCGGACAAGAACUCAAGGAAGCAGCAUUGGAACCGUCAAUGGAAAAAAUAUUUAAAAUUGAUCAGAUGGGAAGAUGGUUUAUUGCUGGAGGGGCUGCUGUUGGCCUUGGUGCAUUGUGCUACUAUGGCUUGGGAAUGUCUAAUGAGAUUGGAGCAAUUGAAAAGGCUGUAAUUUGGCCUCAGUAUGUGAAGGAUAGAAUUCAUUCUACCUACAUGUACUUAGCAGGAAGCAUUGGUUUAACAGCCUUGUCAGCUCUGGCAGUGAGCAGAACUCCUGUUCUCAUGAACUUCAUGAUGAGAGGCUCUUGGGUGACAAUUGGUGCAACCUUUGCAGCCAUGAUUGGAGCUGGAAUGCUGGUACAAUCAAUACCUUAUGACCGGAGCCCAGGCCCAAAGCAUCUUGCUUGGUUACUGCAUUCUGGUGUGAUGGGCGCAGUGGUGGCUCCUCUGACGAUAUUAGGGGGGCCUCUUCUCAUCAGAGCUGCAUGGUACACGGCAGGCGUCGUAGGUGGCCUCUCCACUGUGGCCAUGUGUGCACCCAGUGAGAAGUUUCUGAACAUGGGAGCACCCCUGGGAGUGGGCCUGGGCCUCGUCUUUGUGUCUUCACUGGGAUCUAUGUUUCUUCCACCUACCACUGUGGCCGGUGCCACUCUGUACUCAGUGGCAGUUUAUGGUGGAUUAGCUCUUUUCAGCAUGUUCCUUCUGUAUGACACGCAGAAAGUCAUCAAGCGUGCAGAAAUAGUGCCAGUGUUUGGAGUUCAAAAAUAUGAUCCCAUCAAUUCGAUGCUGGGAAUCUACAUGGAUACAUUAAAUAUAUUUAUACGAGUUGCCACUAUUCUAGCAACUGGAAACAGCAGAAAGAAGUGAAGUGACUCCGCUUCUGACAUCACUAAUGCGUCAGAUUCCUGGCUUGUCUAGUAGGGCAGGUAUUAAUUAAGUGGUUUGUUGAAGCAGCUUUUGUUGAAGUUUAGAAGAUAAGAACUUGUCAUCAUGUUUGAAAUGUCCCAGUAAUGUGAUGCUUCAGGUCUGCUUUUUCUUCUGGAGAAUAAAUUCAGUAGUUCUCUGCCAGAUAA